UAAAUAUCGUAUUAAUUUAAUUAAUAAUAAAUUGUGAUGCUUUAAUUUCUUUGUUUAACGUUCACUUUCUGAUUAAAAUACAAUCGUCAGAGAAAAUAGUUACCUAAUGACGCACACUCUUUUUAUCUGUGAUAUAUUUCCGUGGAAUGCCACUAUAUCCUUUAAAGUGGCCAGCCACAUUUCGCUUCGUUUAAAACUAAAUUAAUAUUUAAAACAAUGACCAGCUGGACGAUACUUUUUUUUUGUGUACAAUUUUCUUCAUUUAUAUUUUGCGAAUAUAAAGAUUCAGAAAUCCUUUGUGCAUCUCAACAAUCUUGCAAAAAUUGCUUGCAAACCCCGCGAUGUGUUUGGUGUUCUACUCCGGUCUCUAAUCAAAGCGUGAACAAUCCACUGAUUCGCUGUAUCACCAGAGAAAAAUUUUCAAACGAAGGUGAUCAUUGGUGUCGAGCGUCGGACGUGAUAAUUGAGGCGAAUAAAAUGUUGAUUCUCGAAAAUCGUCCACUGUCCUUAACGAAAGGCACGGAUCCUGUUCAAAUUCAACCUCAAAAAAUUGAUUUGAGACUCAGACGAGGCGAGGAAUAUCGAUUGACUUUAAAAUACAGUCAAGCAGAGGAUUAUCCGGUUGAUUUGUAUUAUCUGAUGGAUUUAUCAAAGUCCAUGGAGGAUUACAGGGAUCAAUUAUCAGAAUUGGGAUUUCAAUUGGCCGAAGCUAUGCGAAACUUGACUUCAAAUUUUCGCCUAGGAUUUGGUAGUUUCGUGGAUAAAGUUGUACUACCUAUGACCAGUACGCAACCGGACAAAUUGAAAUCACCGUGUAACUUGGAUAAAACUAAGAAACCAUGCGCACCACCAUACGGAUACAAGAAUCAGAUGCCUCUUACCGAAAACAUUGCUCUUUUUAAAACGCGCGUACAAGAAGCUCCGGUGUCUGGUAACUUGGAUUCACCCGAGGGUGGACUUGACGCGAUGAUGCAAGCGAUGGUUUGCACCAAGGAGAUUGGCUGGCGGCAGAAUGCUCGACAUUUUAUCGUUUUCUCAACAGACGCUAAUUUUCACAUCGCUGGAGAUGGCAGACUUGCGGGAAUCAUCGAGCCCAAUGAUUGUCUCUGCCAUUUGGACUCAGAAGGGUUCUACACGUACUCGCUUCUUCAAGACUAUCCAUCUAUAUCUCAGAUCAACAAGGUAGCUCGUGAGAACAACAUGAACAUCAUAUUUGCGGUUACGAGCAAUCGAAACGAGACGUAUCAAUUAUUGAGUAGAAGCAUCAGAGGCUCUUCUAUCGGAACGAUAGAACGGAAUUCUAAAAACGUAGUUGCUCUAGUCAGUGGAGAAUACGAGAAACUGGUCAACACCAUAAUAAUGACGGACGAUGCGCCAAAAAUGAUCGACGUGAAAUAUUUCUCACGAUGUUUGGAUAAAAGUGGUGAAUUGAAAGAACGACAAGAAUGCGGAGGAUUACGAGUGGGGAAUAUGGUGGAAUUUGAAGUAACGUUACAGGCGAUCGAAUGUCCAAAGGAUUCCAACGAAUGGCAGACAAGUAUGCACAUUAAACCCAGGGGUAUAAACGAAAGUCUGACGAUCGAUCUGAGCGUUGCAUGCGAUUGUCCUUGCGAACGGCUAGGACAUCCGGGAUACACGCCAGCUUCGGAAAAUUGCAGAGGAAACGGUACUCUGGUUUGCGGUAUAUGCUCCUGCGAUGAUGGCUUUUAUGGGAAGCAGUGCGAAUGCGAAGGAAACGAUGCCAGAGCGGAGAGUGCAGCUGCUAUGGCUGAUUGCAAGGCUAACAACGAGACCACUGAAAUUUGUAGCGAUCACGGAGUUUGCAAGUGCGGUGUGUGCGAGUGCAUGAAACGUCCCAAUCCUCAAGAAGUUUUCUACGGGAAAUAUUGCGAAUGCGAUAAUUUCUCUUGCAAACGCAAAGAGGGAUUAGUUUGCGGCGGGCGAGGCAAGUGUGAAUGUGGUACUUGCAAUUGCUUCCCGGGAUGGGGUGGCGAGAUGUGCGAUUGCAGAGAAACGAAUAGCACAUGCAUCUCGAGCAACAGCCAAACUAUGGAGAUUUGUAGCGGACGUGGUGACUGCAUUUGCGGUAGCUGUUAUUGUCAUGAAAAAGACAAUAUUCGAUAUUCCGGCCGGUAUUGCGAAGAGUGUCCCGUAUGUCCUGAUCAACGAUGCGAGCAAUUGAAGAAUUGCGUCGAAUGUGUGGUGCACAAAUCCGGUCCCCUUGCUAGAAGUGAAAAAUGUGACGAAUGCAUGCAUCAAAUAGAUAUUGUAGAUAAGAUCGUAGAAGAUUCGGAAAAAGAUCAAGAAAACGGAGCUCGUAUUUGUCGAACUCCUGGGGAUGCUGGAUGCACGUUUGUGUUCAAGUACGAAUAUUACAGAGACGGUACUGGAGGGGAUAUUAAGAUAUUCAAGAUCCUAGCUGAGAGAGAGAAGUCAUGUCCUGUACCUAUUAACGUUCUUGGUGUUGCUGUGGGAUUAAUAAUUAGUACUGUAAUUAUCGGUUUUGUGAUUCUUCUUACUUGGAAGAUAUUAACAAUGAUUCGCGAUAAUCGCGAAUUUAAAAAAUUCGAGCGUGAACGAAUUUUGGCUAAUAAGUGGAAUAGGAGGGAUAAUCCGCUUUAUAAGGAAGCUACAUCUACAUUCAAGAAUCCGACAUUCAACACGAAUACGAUCAGAUAAAAUUUAUUUUCAUAAAACGAAUUGGUGCGCGAAAUAUUUCCAUGGAAAGAAGCCUAUUUUAUUAAAUGGUAGACGCUCCGAUAGGUAGCGCCACCAUAUUCAAAUCGAGAGUGACGACGCCAUGUUGGUUAAUUGCUUUGUGAGAAGACAGUUUCUAGUCGAAGAGAUAAAACAUUUAUCCUUUCAAUCUUCUUGGAAAACAAUCUCUGUCUACUUUUAUUCCUGCAUUCCUAUCUUGUAAGUGAAAAUAUUAUUCAUUACCUUUCCACUUUUUCCGCAAAAUUCUUCCAAGUUUUAUCAAUCCUCUAUUUUGCGAUACUUAUGUCUGAAACUUCGUUGAACUCGUUGGUGACAAUUAAUUUGCGCGCGUAAAAUAUAAUAUUUCGCGAGCUAGGUGCAGCCAGGAAGUGAAAUAAAUGCGAUUAGAAUAGAUUGGGAAGACAAAAAUCGAUAAAUGAUCGUUCAUAAAUCAAUUUUAAAUUUGAUCCGAGGAUUUUGCGUGGAGAUAGGUCCUGGCCUUUCCAACGAUUGUUUCGAAUAUCCUCUGGCCUCGUACUUUAUUGCUGGCUAUGCUCGAAGAAGGCAGCCUUGUAAGGAGCUCGUAAAUUCGUCACCAUAGUCGGCUCCUGCUGCAAAACCCUGCGGCGACUCGGUGUAUUUCCCACCAGAAACCUAAAGCUCUACCCACAUUGAAUCCGCCCAUACGACUUGAUUACUCGACCCUAAUUAUAUCCUCGGUCUUCAUUACAGCGGUGCUUGUUUUAUAAAGAUAAAGGCGUGUCAAGGAAUGCCACAAAAUUUUCGAUGACUUUUUGUUUCGAUAUUGCCUUUCGAUACGCCUUGUCAUUCGUGAUUGGUAAUUGCAAGUAAAUAGUUAAAUAGUUGUCAUUCGAGCGAAUAAUGAGCAAUUUUUUAAUAAUUUUUUCUGCCCUUUUUUUUGUUUAUAUUUUUAACAUUUUUUUCAUAUUAAAACAUUUAGCUUCACAAUACAAUUAUAUUUAUAAUAAUUGAAUCGUAUUUUUCAAAAAAUAACGUGAUUUCAAAUCAUAAUUAUCACGCCAAUAUUCCGUUUCGUGACUUGAUAAAAACACUUAAUUUCGGAAUAUUGGAAACGAUAAAAAUACCAUUUUUCUUAGAAUUCUGAAACAAAUUAACGUAAUUUCAUAAAAUGAAUAUGAUUUGUCCGCGUAAUCGGGCCUUAAGUCUAGCACAGAAAAACAGUCGAAGGAAGGAGAGAAUAGCAGAGCCGGCGCUCCGCAUACUAAAUCAUUGCCGCACGUCUGUUUCUUUACAUUGUACAGAUUUUAUUGAUUAUUUUACGGUCGGGAACAUUGUAAAUCUCUUCAUCCUGUAUCGGCGUCUCACCUCGCUCUGCCGUGAGAUGCUCCCACCGGGUGCCCAUGGCGCCAAUUAUGCGAGUCGAACAGUAUUGUUGUCGUAUUCGUUCUGAUCUGUCAGCCACGGCCUCACGUGUAUCUCUUACGAACUAACGAUUACUUUUCACGUCUACCAUAGUUGUUGACUCUAUGGAAUUUUAAGAUGGAGUUAGUUGUACCAUGACAAAGGCCAGUGUACUCGUAACAAUAGUCGCGAAUUGGAGGUUAGGCAUAUAUCGCGAUUAAAAUUUUUAAAAUAUACAAAUAAAUAAGUGCAUUUUCCGUCUUAUUCACAUCUUAGUUCCAUGUAAAGAUUUCGGUUCAUCAUUUUAAAGUUUGGUUAUAGUAUCAGUUCGCGUUGAACGGCACCGUUUCAUAUUUCGCCCGCGGAACAAUGUUGUUCGUUUUCACGGUUGCUAAUGGCCGCCGCCGGUGCCUUAAUUACAGCCAAAUACGACCCAAUCAGCCUUCGGGGGCCGGCAAUGUCGGCCUGUUCCGAGCUUUCAAGUCAUUUGGCAUAUUGUCGGAUUCAACCUUUUGAUUGAUUUUCAUUUCUUCUCGAUGCAUUCAUUCCGAUCAUUCCGACUUCAGAGGCAUUAGAUACGUCGAUACACGAAUGAAUGGCAAUUAUAUUUCGAAAUAUAAUUUCGAAGAGAUUCUAAAUAAAGGAUAAAACAUAGUUGGACGGUUGAUGGGCAUGGAAUAAAUUUAGGCGAUACUGCCGAUCGUGGUGUAUCGUGCAGUCAGCGCUGUUGGACGAUCGAGAGUUGGUGAACGGAGCUGCACCACCUCUUCGCGUUUGACGCAGGCCGAGGCUCGUUAGUGCGCGCCCGUAAAUCAAGCCGCAGGGGUGCCAACCCGCUAAUAUUACCGGGGUUCCUUUAGGAUAGGAGGAGCACGUUCGCACCGCCGACGCGCACAGUAAACGUUCGAUAUAUCUCAUCGAUAAUGAGUUUGUUAAAUGGAUUAAUAUUCCACUUUUUUUUUCCCUCCUUCUGCCGUUUAAGCGGAUAUUCCAGUCCUACUAACUACACGAAACUAUUUCGGAAUACAUCACUUUCUUUCACUUUUUUUACAGUUCGAAAGCAGUUUUACGAUCGAUAUACCAUGGAUCGAACAUCGUUUGGAUACAUUGAAAGCAUCGAUCGGAUACAUUGAAUUCUGACUGUAUAUAAUCUCAAGAUCAUUUUGGAGGAAAAAAGUUGAAAGAAGCAGAAGGAUUUUAGCGCUCGAUGAUCGGAUUUAAUGGGAAAAUGAGAAUCGUCGGAUUCUUUCCGCCGAUUUAAUAUCCUGUUGUAAAGUAUUUUUUAAACUCGUUGGCAACGUAUUGCCACGUUUCGAUCUUACGAUUAGCGCGAUCCUAACGACUCUGCUAACUAAUAAACGAGAUAGUGAACUGUUUCGUAUCGAUUAUAUCGAGGAUAUCGGUUCGAAUCUUAUGGAAUCUGGUGCGUUCUUAGAGGCUGUAUAACUCGUAUAUACAACCGGAUAAUUAAUGGAGCCGGUAAUGAGCUGAUUAUUAUUAAUAAUAUUUAGUCGAGGUUAAGCCGAGGCGACCCCGCCGUGCUGGAGCCCGGCUGCUCGUUAAUUGAAUCUGCCAAUCAUCGUAAUGAGCGUCAGCGCCGGAUCUGCUGUCCGUUCUUCGUUGUUGCUCUUUAGGGCCUGAAAGCUUGAUGCUCGUUGCUUUCGAAAAACGAAAUACGCGUGUUGCACUCUGCAACCCUAUCCUAAGAAAUGUGAGCAAUUUUCUUCACCGGCCGCCUUUCGAGAACUUGAUCGAUAUCGCGAACCCUGUCUAGAACCUUCUCGUAAUUGUUGUUAUUCGUUUACAUUAAUUACCACGCGCGCCAACCAAACUUUUAGUUAACGUUGGAUCGAACGAUCCAAUUGUUUAUAGGUAAAUACAAAUAAUUGCGUUUUUA